AUGGAUAGCCAAGAAACACCACCUAGAUGGCCGUGCCCGUUCCAAGGUUGUACGAAAUCGUUUCAGCGGAAGGAGCAUUUAACUCGGCAUCAAAAAUCACAUUCGAAUUCGUCUCCUGCACAUAUUUGUAGAAUAUGUCACAAAAAGUUUUCUCGUAGUGAUGGACUGCAGAGACAUCUUGGACGUCACGGACAACAAUUCAAAAAACAUACUGGUCGAAGCAGGAGGGCAUGCGCGAGUUGUCACUCCAGUAAAAUCAAAUGCGAUGGAAAUAAUCCAUGUUCCAGAUGUGAGAAGAAGAACAUUUCCUGCAAAUAUGGGUUGCCGAAAGAGUUGCCUACUAUAGCCAGGAGGCAAGAUGAAGCCUCAAGAGGUGAUGUGAGCGAUUGGGAGGGAUCGGAAUUUUCGAUGUCCGAAAAUGUACGAGAGGAUCAGAUGCCCGCUGAAAGUCCAAAGUCUGGCCAGACACCCAGUCCAGAUGAGGCAUUUGUUACAAAUCAGAUAUCCAUUGUGGCACAAGCAUUUAACUCCGGUCAAUCUUCUCGUUCGAAUCAAUCAUUCAACUCUAUUUCAACACAUGGCUCUUUACAAGAGGCACAUGAUUCGUUGGUAAGCAGGAAUCUGCUCAGUAAUUCGAUUACUGGCCAAGAUUCGCCCUCAAUGAAUCUGGGGCGCACACCUCACGGGCUUCUCGAUUGGUCAAAUGUCAGGAUCCAACAAGAUGCUUCUCAAACCCGAGAAGCACCCCAAGAUACUUUUGUUCCCACAUCUAAGCUUGAAUACCUAUGUUCACUUGCCAAAGAAACGGUCGAGAGAUAUUGUUCUCUCUACUUUGCCAAUUUCCACGAUCGUUGGCCCAUAGUCCAUUCCCCAACUUAUGAGGAUGAUGAAGAGGCACCUGAGAUUCUACUCCCAUCCAUGUUGAUGAUUGGAGGUUGGAUUGACGGGACUCCAAGCUCGAGAGAUUGGGCUUUGAAAGUUCACCAUCAUGUGGUAGAGCAUGUUAUCCCACGUUUAUGCCAGCUGAAGGAUAUAGAUACAAUGACACAGCCUCUGCCAAUUGUUUUAUAUCAGUGCACGUUGUUGAAUAUUAUUUUUGCAUCAUACUGUGGGAAACGUGAGGUUUUAAAAAGAGGACUAAUCUUACGCAACCUCCUAGUUGCCUCUAUAUACCAAGCUGGAAUCUUAACGCCUGGGACUAUUUAUCCAGACGAUAAGCCAGGGUAUUUUCUACCAUUACGUUCGGUGAGAGACCAACAAAGAAAGAGGAUAGUAGUUGGUCUCUUCAAGAUUGACACAUAUUUCAGUGCCAUAACCAUGCAGCCAGUUUUACUCAAGCCAGAAGAACUACACUUCUGUAUUCCAGACACUAUCGCGCUUUGGAACGCCGGAGGGCUUCCUCAUUGGGAGGCUCGUCGACUAGCUGAACCGAAAUCUAGAAGCUAUCGUUCAAUCAAUGUGAUGUUUGAAGAAGUAGCUCUUGGAGGAAUUGAGUUUCCAGAGAACGAGUCUAUGUUGGAAGAUAUCCAGAUUUGUCUUUGGGCUAUGCAGUCAGAGAUUUUGCACCUUUCAAAGCAAAGUCGCCCUGAGAGAAGGAACGAACUAAGUCUAAAUAUUCAAAGACAAUCACUUAAACGCCAGCUGGAAGCUCUAAAACGCGGGUUCUCAAAUCUUUCCGCAAAAAUAUCGUGCCCCGAUACAUUUGACCAAGCAGAACAGUCUCCAGUGCGCUACUACUAUGGACUUGAAGACCAUGAUAACCCUGGAUGGCAAGAUAUAGUUUGCCGACGCAUUCACAACUUUAUCUUCGACACUUCUAUCCUUCAUCAUCUGAUGAAUCUACAAGUAUUUGCCGAGAUUCAGACUCUUAGAAUGCUCGCCAAAGAUCUAGCACUCUCUGACACAGUCCGAGGAGUCUUCGGAGGGAUAUAUUCUCAACCCCACACCAGACGUGUUGCAGCGGCACGUGAAUGGACACAAGAGCCUAGCUCUCGGCGAGCCUUAUGGCACGCGACGGAAAUUCUCCUGAGCCACAGUGCAUUCAACCAAACACCCUCUCUCGCCAACUUCAUCCCCGAUCCAAUUUCUUACAUAGCUUUAGCAUCUGCAGCAUUAGUCAUUUGGACCCAUUGCAUUUACGGACAAUUAGCAUGCAACGCUUUAUCUUGUACAUCGAUGCUCCCUCACGAAGUGAGUAUGUCUAUCGAGUUGACAAAACUAAGCGAAGUGAUAAAUGGUUCCUCGUUUGACGAAAAGGGAAAGGAGGUUUGGAUUGAAGGGGGUGCUUAUUUUAGAGCUUCAAUUGAGAAUAUCCAAUUGUGUAGUUGUAAUGUUGGGAUCUUGAUGGGCAAGCUCAGGGCUCAUAUACCGCAUCAUUGGGAGAUUGUGGAUGAGAUAGCACCAAACAUCUUCGGGAAGCUUGGUGGUCCAGAAGCGACUGGAGUCACUUCAUGA